AUGUUUUAGGACUCAGUGGCCAUUGAGGAUGUGGCUGUGAACUUCACCCCAGAGGAGUGGGCUUUACUGGAUCCUUCACAGAAGAAACUCUACAGAGAUGUGAUGUGGGAAACCUUCAGGAACCUGACCUCAAUAGGUAAGAAUGAGGACAUUGACUCCAUCAAUUAGAGAAACAAACAAGGCAGAAAACACAGAAGUCAUAUGGUAGGGAGACUCUGUGAAAGUGAAGAGGGUAGUCAGUGUGGAGAAAACAGCUGUAUUUCAAAUCUCAAUCUCAACAAGAAAACUACAGGAGCUAAACCACGUGACUGCAGUGAAUGUGGAAAAGUACAUCAUUCAUCCCUUAUUAGGCACAUUAGAUGUCACACUGAACACAAACCGUAUGACUAUGAAAACUAUGGAGAGAAGCCAUAUAAAUGUAAGGAAUGUGGGAAAGCCUUCACUUUUCCCAGUUUUCUUCAAAUACAUGAAAGAACUCAUACUGGAGAGAAACCUUAUAAAUGUAAAAUAUGUGGUAAAGCCUUCCGUUUAUCCCAUGGUUUUAAACUACAUGAAAGAAUUCAUACUGGAGAGAAACCAUAUGAAUGUAAAAAAUGCAGUAAAGCAUUCAUUUCUUCUGGUUCUCUUCAAAAACAUGAAAGAACUCAUACUGGAGAGAAACCCUAUGAAUGUAAAAUAUGUGGUAAAGCCUUCCGUUUAUCCCAUGGUUUUAAACUACAUGAAAGAAUUCAUACUGGAGAGAAACCUCAUGAAUGUAAAAAAUGCAGUAAAGCAUUCACUUCUUCUACUUCUCUUCAAAUACAUGAAAGAACUCACACUGGAGAGAAACCCUAUGAAUGUAAAGAAUGCAGGAAAGCCUUCAGUUGUAUUAGUUCUCUUCGAAAACAUGAAAUAACUCACAGAGGAGAGAAACCUCAUGAAUGUAAAAAAUGCGGUAAGGCGUUCACUUCUUCUAGUUCUCUUCAAAACCAUGAAAGAACUCAUACUGGAGAGAAAGCUCGUGAAUGUAAAAUAUGUGGUAAAGCCUUAAGUUUAUCCUAUAGCGUUAAAGUACAUGAAAGAAUUCAUACUGGAGAGAAACCAUAUCAGUGUAAAAAGUGCAGUAAAGCAUUCACUUCAGCCGGUUCUCUUCAUGUACAUGAAAGGAUUCACACUGGAGAGAAACCCUAUGAAUGUAAGGAAUGUGGGAGAGCGUUCAGUUAUAAUAGUUCUCUUCGAAAACAUGAAAUAACUCACACUGGAGAGAAACCNNGUAAAUGUAAGGAAUGUGGGAAAGCCUUCCCUUUUCCCAGUGCUCUUCAAAGACAUGAAAGAACUCAUACUGGAGAGAAACCUUAUGAAUGUAAAAAAUGCAGUAAAGCAUUCACCUCUUCUAGUUACCUUCAAAUACAUGAAAGAACUCAUACUGGAGAGAAACCCUAUGACUGUAAAAAGUGCAGUAAAGCAUUCACUUCUUCCUGUUCUCUUCGAGUACAUGAAAGAAUUCAUACUGGAGAGAAACCUUAUGAAUGUAAAAAAUGCAAUAAAGCAUUCACUUUUGCCAGUUCACUUCAGUUACAUGAAAGAACUCAUACUGGAACGAAACCCUAUAAAUGUAAAAAAUGCAUUAAAGCAUUCACUUCUUCCCUUUCUCUUCAAGAUCAUGAAGGAAUUCAUACUGGAGAGAAACCCUAUGAAUGUAAAAAAUGCGGUAAAGGAUUCUCUUAUUCCAGUUCUCUUCGAGUACAUGCAAGAAUUCAUACUGGAGACAAACCCUAUUCAUGUAAAAAAUGCAGUAAAGCAUUCACUUUUUUUGCAUUCACUUCUUCCUGUUCUCUUCAAGAUCAUGAAAGAAUUCAUACUGGAGACAAACUCUAUGAAUGUAAAAAAUGCAGUAAAGCAUUCACUUUUUUCAGUUCUCUUCAAAAACAUGAAAGAAUCCAUACUGGAGAGAAACCCUAUCAAUGUAAAAAAUGCAAUAAAGCAUUCACUUUUCCUACUUCACAUCUUCACCAACAUGAAAGAACUCAUACUGGAGAGAAACCUUAUGAAUGUAAAAAAUGCAGUAAAGCAUUCGCUUGCUCCAGUUACCGUCGAAUACAUGAAAGAAUUCACACUGGAGAGAAACCCUAUAAAUGUGAAAAAUGCAGUGAAGCAUUCACUUCUUCCAGUUCUCUUCAAGUACAUGAAAGGAGUCACACUGGAGAGAAACCUUAUGAAUGUAAAAUAUGCAGUAAAGCAUUCACUGCUUCCCGUUCUCUUCGAGUACAUGAAAGAAUCCAUACUGGAGAGAAACCCUAUAAAUGUAAAACAUGCAGUAAAGCAUUCACUUUUUCCACUUCCCUUCGAUUACAUGAAAGAAUCCAUACCGGAGAGAAACCUUAUGAAUGUACAAAAUGCAGUAAAGCAUUCGCUUUUUCCACUUCUCUUCGAUUACAUGAAAGAAUUCAUACUGGAGACAAACCCUAUGAAUGUAAAAAAUGCAGUAAAGCAUUCACUUUUUCCACUUCUCUUCGAGUACAUGAAAGAAUUCAUACUGGAGAGAAACCCUAUGAAUGUAAAAAAUGUGGUAAAGCAUUCGCUUCUUCCAGUACUCUUCGAAUACAUGAAAGAAAUCACACAGGAGAGAAACCUUAUGAAUGUAAAAAGUGCAGUAAAGCAUUCACUUCUAACAGUUCUCUUCGAUUACAUGAAAGAAUUCAUACGGAAGAGAAACGCUAUGAAUGUAAACAAUGCAAUAAAGCAUUCACUUCUUCGCGUUAUCUUCGAUUACAUGAAAGAAUUCAUACCGGAGAGAAACGCUAUGAGUGUAAAAAAUGCAGUAAAGCGUUCACUUUUUCCGGUUCUCUUCACUCACAUAAAAGAAUGCAUAUUGGAGAGACCCCAUGAAUGUAAAAAAUGCAGUAAAGCGUUC